AUGAAUUUGGAGAUCUUCUCGGACAACCUACAAUGCAUUGGCAAGUUGAGAAAUGGAAUCGACGAGUUUCACAAACUGGCAGAUGAGAUUCGAAAAGAAGAAGAGGCAGUGAAGACGCUGGAGAAUCACAUCGCAAACUGUAAUGGAAUUAAAACGGAGCUGGAUAUGGAGAGAAGAAAUCAUGCGGAAGAGUUGAGACAAAUCAAUCAGGAUAUCAAUACAUUGGAGGAUAUAACAAAGAGUUCGAAGUCAGAAUUGGAGAAGAGGAAGAGGAAAAUUAUGGUAGCGAUGGGAGAAGUGGGAAGGAUGAGGGGGUUCAUUAAUGAAAAUUUGGAGUCGAUGAAUAUUGUUCAUAAAUUGGAGUCGUCAGAGGAAGAAGAACUUUUUAAAGCGACAUGGGCAAGACAAACCAGUGAACCUCAAACGAUGCCAGAUGUUCCGCGUGAUCCAUCCGAGCUUCCAGCCUUCCUUCAAUCUCUCAUCAACUGUGCUCAACAACAACCACAAUCUUCUGGAACAAUGGUCAACAUGCCGCGUAAUCUAGUCAACAGACAUCGCAUGCCACCAAGUUUUGUGGAAGCCAGCAAAAUGAAGGUCUGCGAAAACUGUGGAGCCAACAUCCACCGCAAUGCUCCAACCUGUCCAGUAUGCAAGAUGAAGACACGCAGCAAGAAUCCAAAGAAAAAGCCACGGAGGAUGUAUCAGGGACUCCCAGAAUCCAUGCUUUAG